AACAACACUCUCUCUUUAACUCUUCCACAUCAAACAGAUGGCUCCCAUCUCACAACUCUCUCCCACCACCGCCGCCGUCUACUCACAGCUACUCGUUCCCCAACAAGGUGAUGAACAAAUACAGGAGAAAGUGAAACCGUGUCGACGAAGGAGGAAGAAGAACAAAGGAGGAGGAGGAGAUGGGUCGUCGUCGUCGAGCGGGUGGGCGAAGAAGAGGAAGCUGAGCGAGGAGCAGGUGACGAUGCUGGAGCUGAGCUUCGGCAACGAGCACAAGCUGGAGUCGGACCGCAAGGACAGGCUGGCGGCGGAGCUCGGGCUCGAACCUCGCCAGGUGGCGGUUUGGUUCCAGAACCGGCGCGCUCGCUGGAAGACCAAGAAGAUGGAGGAGGAAUACUCCAAGCUCAAAGCCGCUCACGAUCAUAACGUCCUUCACAAAUGCCGCCUUGAGUCCCAGGUUUUGGAGCUGAAAGAGCAACUAUCGGAAGCCGAGAAGGAGAUCCAGCGGCUGUCGGCGGAGCGUGCUGACGUGGCGGCGGCGGCGGGCAGCAACAGCCCGAGUUCGUCCAUGACGAUGGAAGCCAUGGAGUAUCCGCCGCCGUUUCUCGGAGGAGGAGCUUUGUUUGGAGUUGUUGAGAGCUAUGAAGAUGAGUUCUACUAUAACAUGGCGCCGGAGGCUGCUUACGCCGUUAACGGGAUGGAAUGGAUGUAUUUGUGAAAUAUUAUUUCUACUUACUCUCCAAAAAUGUAUUAAUUAAUCGAGGGAUUAAGUAUUAACGUAAUUAACGUUCAUUAGAAAUUAUUAUCCAAGUAUUUCUAGGAUAUAUAUAUAUAUAUAUAUAUAUAUAUAUGUCAUUGUAGAUAUAUCUAGCUAGCUACCAACUAAUUGUACUGAUCAUGAUGCUGAUGAGAUGUUGAUGAUCUCUCUCUCUCAUGUAAAUAUUAAUUAUCUCUCUCUCUUCGAUGGAUCGUACCCUUGUAGUAAUUAACAAAGUAAUUAGUG